UGGUGGAACAUGAACUUCGUAAAUUUGCUAACGAACUCCAAAACACUCUCCCUCUCUCUUUUCUCUCUUUAGAUCCGAACAAUUCUCCUGCGCAAGCUCAGUCUCCUCUUCUUCUCCCCCUCUCCACAUGGAUCUCAAACUAUGCAAAUCAACUCAGACAUGCGAGGCCGGUAGCGGGAACUCCCAAUUUGCGUUGGCGGAGUUUCCCAAUGACGACGACCACCGCUAUUUCUUCUCACCAGCGCCCGCUAACCGGCCUCGUCACCACCCUCCGCACCUUCCUCACUUCCCUCUUCCUUCUCCUCCUCCUCCUCUACGCCCUCUACUCCUCCCAACUCUUCUUCUUCGGCCCCUCCAAUUGUUCCCUCUCCUCCAUCAAGGCCGACACCCACCUUCUCAACACCAACUCUUCUUCAAUCACAUCACUCAACAAACAACAACAACAACAACAACAAAAUGAUGAUUUGCAGCUCAACCACAUCGUGUUCUGCAUAGCCGCCUCGUCCAACCUGUGGGACACGAGAAAAGAAUACCUCAAGCUCUGGUGGCGGAACAACGAAACUUGCGGCGUUGUCUGGCUUGACCAACCCGUGAACACAACGCAGAACGAGAAGGAAUUCUUGCCGGAGAUUCAUAUCUCCGGCAACACGUCCGAUUUCAAGUACACCAACAAGCAGGGGGUGAGAUCGGCGCUCAGGAUCUCGAGAGUGGUCUCGGAGACCUUGAGAUUGGGAUUGAAGGACGUGAAGUGGUUCGUGAUGGGGGACGACGACACGGUGUUCGUGGUUGACAAUUUGGUGAGGGUGCUGUCCAAGUACGAUCACCGGCAGCUUUAUUACAUCGGGAGCUCGUCCGAGAGUCAUAUUCAGAAUAUUUUUUUCUCCUAUUCGAUGGCAUUUGGAGGCGGCGGGUUUGCGAUUAGCUAUCCAUUGGCGAAGGAGUUGGAGAAGAUGCAAGAUGCCUGUAUAAGGAGGUACCCGAAUUUGUAUGGAAGUGAUGAUAGGAUGCAGGCUUGUAUGGCUGAGCUUGGGGUGCCACUUACCAGAGAAGCUGGCUUUCAUCAGUACGAUGUGUAUGGAAACCUCUUAGGCCUUUUGGGAGCUCAUCCUGUAACUCCCCUGGUGUCUCUUCAUCACCUCGACGUUGUGCAUCCGAUAUUCCCACGAAUGGACAGAGUUCAGGCCCUCCGGCACCUCUUUGACUCCACCAUGAAUGACACGGCCAGUACAAUGCAGCAAUCCAUUUGCUACGACAGGCAACACCAAUGGUCCGUCUCUGUUUCAUUUGGGUACGUGGUUCAGAUCAUAAGAGGAGUCAUGACUCCCAGAGAGCUAGAGAAGCCCACACGGACAUUUCUGAACUGGUACCCGAGAGCUGAUUACACGGCAUAUGCUUUCAACACUAGGCCUGUGACCAGGCACCCCUGCCAGAAGCCUUUUCUGUUUUAUAUGAAAUCAUCUCACUACAAUGAAGGCAAGAAUCAAACAAUUGGGGUCUAUUCUCGUGAUCGUCAUGAUACUCAACCUUUUUGUCGAUGGAGAAUGGACUCGCCUGACACAAUUGACACCGUUGUCGUGAUGAAAAGACCGGAGAGCCAACGUUGGAAAAAGUCACCAAGGAGGGAUUGUUGUAGACUUUUGCCGUCAAAUAAGAAAUCACAAAUGUAUAUAUGGGUGGGCAAUUGCGGAGAAGGUGAGGUUAGUGAAUGGUAGCAGCAAGAGGGAGCUAAAUUUUGCAUCUUUUCAAUUGUUCUUUCCUGCCAAGUUGUUUGAUUGAAUAUAUUGGAUACAAACCAAUAGUGCCUUUUGUCGCUCAAGGAAUUUGAGCAUUAUAUUGGAAACAAACCAAUAUUACCUUUUGUCGUUCAACGAAUUUGAGCUCGGAGGACUCAAGUUUUUGAGCUUCAGGACAUCAAAUAGCUGCCCCAGCUAACCUUUGGUUGCACCAAACAUCACUUAUUGAAAGAAGGGCUUGGCUAAUUCUGCUAUUUCUCAAUUUUUUGAGUGUAAAUUUUUUCAAAAGAAUGUCAACCAAUGAACCUGUUCUUACAAGUUCUAUUUGUAACCAAACUCGUGAUAUCCUGAUUCCAAAACAACAAUAUCCUAAUUGAUUACCUUA